AUGGUGGUGGUUCUCGCCUACUCCAUCGGCCACUUCGGGGCAAACUCGCAGACUGUGCGCCCGAACGCCAAGGCGAAGAGUCAGAAGAACGUGAAGGCGGGGAUCCAGCUCGAGAGCGGGGCACCCGACGUCGGGCGCCCGACCAAGGCCGGAGAUGUCCCAGGCACUGGCAAAGACGGCGCUGCCGACGACGAGGAGGCGCAGCGGAAGUUCGACAUGCGCGUCCUCGACCGCGUGCAGAAGGAGGGCGUGGCGCCCAAGGCCUCCGACGUCACGACGGCGAUGCGGGCCUGCGUCAGGUGCAACAGCGCGGAGACGGCCCUGAAGCUGUUCGACCAGAUGCUGCAGAGCGGGGCCGUCCCCGACGUGCACUUGCUUUGCAGAAGCACCGCCAGCAAGUUCUUCAAGCUAGUCGCCGAAAGCCUCGACGACAAGCGCAUGCGGGAUGAGGGGCUGAAGUUCCUCGAGGUGAUCCGAGCUCACAGAGUCUCACCAUCUACUCUUGCCCAGAACCGCCUGAUCGUUGCGUGGAGGAGCAAGCCUCCAGACGACGUCCUGGCCUACUUCGUGAAGAUGAAGGACGCGGGUGUCAUGCUCAGCUCAACGGCGUACCGCUGCAUCAUGGCCGCCAACGAGCGGACCAAUCCGGAGUUCACGCUGAAGCUCUAUGAUGAGAUGAAGGAGCUGGGGAUCAAGCUCGAUCGGGUGGCAUACAAUGCGGUGCUGUGUGCUUGCUCUCAAAAUGGCAUGUUAGACCAGGCCCGGGAGCUGUUCAUGCAGAUGACCUCCACGGGGCUGGUCCCCAAUGGUAAGACCUUCGGCAUCAUGAUCAAGGUCUACUACUCCAGCAAUCGCCCGAAGGAGGCGGUGGCUAUCUUCGAUACGAUGCGCGAGCAGCACCUGGAGCCCGAUCGUUUCGCUUACCACCACGUGAUCAAUGCGUGCAUCAAGCUCCAGCGCAUCGAGUACGCCGUGGAGCUGUACAAGGACAUGCUUCAGGCGAAGCUGCCUCCCUGUGACAACACGCACAUCUAUCUGAGCGCGGCGUGCAAGAAGCAUGGCUGGACGACGACAGCGGAUCAGAUCAUGAAGCUUGGAGUGUGUGAAGCGGGCGUACGCGGCGAGGGCCCUGGGCGCAGGGGCGAGCGGUGGGUCGGAGUAGGGCGCUGCAGGCCGCACGUUGGUUCGGUGCUCCGAAGUGGGCCCGAGAUUUCUUCUCUCGAGAGCCUCCUCCUGAACGCCGAACUGCCCGGCAUUCAGCAGUACUCCUCUUGCCGCCGACAUGGGUGUUAUAUCAUGCGCACCCACCGCCUCAGCCCUGACACCAGGGAGAUCUGUAGGCCAUGCCCACUCCACAGCGGCACCAGGCCGCCGCGAGUGACAGGUAAAAAAGCCAAAAGAUCUCCUCUAGGGGCUUGCAGACAGCAGGGCGCUGACGGUAGGGCCCUGCCUUGUUUUCUGCGUACUGGACCAUGCCAUCGUCUUCGCAUGUGGCAGUGGUGGCGAAGCCAAGUUUCAGAUGGACAUCUUUCUCAUGGUGGUAGUUCUCGCCCACUCCAUCGGCCACUUCGGGGCCAACUCGCAGACCCCGCUAAAUACGGCCAAGGCGAAGAACCAGCAGAACGUGAAUGCGGGGAUCCAGCUUGA